ACCUAUUAUUAUUCGACCAGCGCAUGAACUGCAUCUUCCCGUCAACCACAGUCAAUCAGCGUACUAUCCGAGAGCUCCCGUUCUGCAACAAGUGUAGUCAUGCUCUCUUAACGUAUGCCACCGUUACAUUCCUUGCGUGUCUCAGUUGCAGCCGUGUCUCACAAGUAAUGUAUAGCGCGUGUAUACGUGGCUCAGAGACUCAUCUAUUACUGUCUGACAGGUAUACACUGCUGCCGUUCAACGAACUUGUCGCGAACUGGUGUGAGAGUGGAGUUUAGACAAGACACUGCUGGAGAAGGUGCUUGCAUUAUUCCCUCUGUGGUCUUAUGCGUUACUUUAGUGAGUCCUGUACAUACAGACGAACACUGCAUCGACGACGAGUGGUUGUGAAUAACCUUGUCCGUACGAUGGAUUAUAAGUCAGGAAGAAGACUGUUCACUCACCCUGAUGAAAUCCAUUCGUCCUUGUCACGUCAGAGAUGUCCUCGGUUUCCUCUUGCCCACUCCCACCCAGUCGUUGAGACUGCCGGUCCAUCUCAGCAAACAAACUCUUAUCGUUAUGAGUCGGCUCUAGACGACUCUGCUCGGGCGUAUCGCACGACUGCUUUGCGUCACUUGAGUGAAGAUUCCAGGCCCCUCUCGUGGGAUCACCCACAAGUAACCCAAACUGGCGGUGGCCACUCGACUUCACCCUCGCGGCCCGUCCUAGUUCGGGCCUAUUCCGGCGGCCCUGGGGAUAGUGCGAAAUCGUCAAAGAUGUCUCUACGGCGGUCGUUCCCAUUCGCAGGCCGCGCUGAAACCUCAAGGCGAGGGCCGGACCUUCCUUCAGACGAGGACUUCAGCAUCGAUGGCAUCAUACGGGCUAUUGAACCUAAUAUUCGCCAUACCUUGGACUCAAUUGGGGAGAUCUGUGGACGGAGUAAGCUCAGUUUAGCCAACGAAUAUGGUAGCCAUAUAGCACCCCUAGGCGAAAUCCGGGCACCCCCUGGCGGCCUAAUGCCCGUGGACGAAGCUAGCUCAGAACAUGAAAGACAGGCUAACGACAAUGUGGUUAUUUACGAUGAUGACCAUAGCGUUAUGGACGGGAAGAAUCACCCCUCACCUAUGCCAUUUGGGUUCAUGGAGAAUGCUCGGCAAAGUAGAGCGUCUCGUAACGCAGGAUUUGACCCCAUGCUACCAUUUUACAGUGUAGAAGUGUCGUCCGUUCAAGUACACCCUGACACUCCACGGUCGAUGGGCUUUAGUACUAUCUUGGAUUCGGCUUCUGCGUUGGGGCCACUUCCUAUAACGCGAGAGAUUGCAUCCAGGCCAAAGUCAUGCGGCCGGGUAUUGCUGGCAACGAAUGCUGAAUUGAGCAUAGACGAUCGAAGACGACUUAUUCAAACACCGACCCUUGUGUCUGAGGUUCUUCUAGAUGCCCAGGCCGAUGGACGCCCUUUGGGAACGGAACCUCAUGCUAUUCAAGGCCAGCCCCUCUUUGACAUCAGCCUAGAUUCUGAUAUAGCGCGAAGGAGCUGGGUUCUGUCGGCAGUAGGGUUAUCUGUGUUGACGGAUGUCUUCGGCUGGCUAAAAUAUGCUGUGCGCGACGGGUCUAAUUCCGGUCAAACUCAGCCAACAGCGGAGAUGAGAUUGCGCGCAAUGCUUGAGCGACAGCAGGACCCGGACUCUUCUGGAGUAUAUGCAAAUGAUGAUUAACGACUUUUGUUCUCUAUGAUGUAAAUGUAUCUACUUUUAUUGGUCACAGCUGGUGGUGGUGA